UCCAAAUCCAACUAGAACUAGGUUCGAGAAUAUACACUUUAUAUACACCCAUCCAUCCUAUACCAAGUACUUCAAUUUACCAUGCCAACGUUGUUUCGGGAUCUCACUCUGAUGGCGCGCAGGAGUUCAUACAUCCAGUAUGAAGCCGGGCCUUCACCACCAGCGGCACAGGCUUCAGUAGAAGCACUGCCAAUUGUUAAAAUUAUAGAAGAGGAAAGUGAAUGUGCAAUUUGCUUGUCGGAGUUUCAAGUUGGGGAAAAAGCUAAAGAGAUGCCAUGUAAACAUCGUUAUCAUUCAAAUUGUAUUAACCAGUGGUUGGAGAUACAUGGUUCCUGUCCUGUUUGCAGGUACAAGAUGCCUGCGGCUGUCGUGACGGCCGGGAGAACACCGACUCUGAGAGAGAGUAUUAGACGUGUUGGUAGUAGUAUUAAUGAGUUGGAUGAAGAACAAACAGAUAUAUACAUUGAGAGCAUCUUAGGUUGUGUUUUUUAUUCUGUUUAUUUUGGUUUACUUUAUAUGCUAUCUAGUUAA